CGAAAAAGGCAAUGAAUGAAUAAUAGAAAAAUUCCAACAGCAAAGUGUGUUGGGUUUGGACUUUGGAGUGGAGUGUGUAUGUGUUUUGUUUUCCCUCUCUUAUUUUGAUUUAUCCAUCCAUCCAUCCAUCCAUCCAUAUAAGAUUAGAUUACUUGUUUUGGGGAUGUCUUAGGAGAAUGGUCUUUGUUCGUUGGGUGUAGUUUUAUUUCUCCAUUUUACCAAAAUAAUGAAACAAACAGACACAAUACACAAACAAAGGUCAUCAUCAUGGUGAUACAUUCAAUUCAAAAAGAAAACCCUAGCCAAUCACUAUUUAUUUUUUUAAUUAUUAAAAAAGAAAAUUCGUAGAAAAAAAAAGCGGUAGAGAGAGGGAGGGUCAUGUAUGUCAUAAGGGGGGGUCAACUAAAAACAGAAGCUGCUCUGCUCACCUCAUUCAUUCAUUUUCACACAUACAUACCACGGAAGUCCCAUAAGAAGAGAAGCUAGAUAACACUAACUAACAUAUUAACAUUAACCCGUGUGUGUGUGUGUGUUUGUUUAUUCAGAUCUAUGAAUGUAGUAGUAGUAGUAGUGUAGAAACAAGAAGAAACAAGAUGAAUGAUCCAAGUAGCCUCCACUUGAAGAAGGAACUUACUCAAAUUCGAAAGGCUUCUCGUGUCUUGAGGGAUCCCGGCACUACUUCUUCCUGGAAAUCCACCACUUCCAGAUCUGCCACUGCUGCUCCAUUAUUCUCCAGGAAUAAUCAUAAUCAUAUUCAUCCUUCUCCUUCUCCUUCUGGGAAUAACAACAACAAGAAAGUGUUCUUAUACAACUGGAACAACUACAAAUCAUCACCAUCCUUCAACCACCUUCAACAACAAGAUGACCACUCUUCCUCCUCAUCCCUUCUUGCUAGUUUAGAAGACGGUUUCAGCGACGCUCCCAACAACCUUAUUGUUGAUUCUAAGAGUGACGCUACUGGGACCCGCUCUUCCUUUUUCCCUAAUUCAAAUCCCAAAAGAACAAUUCCUCUUCAUCUUAAUAAGAAAAAAAAGAACAAGCCAAAAAACAAGCCAUUGCUCCUACUACCACGCCAUUCAAACAAUCAUCAUCAUCAUCACUCCGACGAUGACGAUGAUUAUUCUAACUCCAUUUCCGGGGCUUCUCCUCUUCUUCUCAAACUCAAAAACCGCAGCAAUUCCUCCAACUUCAUCACAAAAAUAAGAAGCUCCAAAGAUGAUGAUUCUUCUUAUACCUAUAGUACCCCUGCAUUGUCGGCUACCUCUUUCAACAGGUACUGUCGCCGUUAUCCAAGCACCGUUGGAUCCUUUGACGGCACAACAACCUCAAUGAAUGACGGUGAUGACGAGAUUGACGAUGAUCAUUUGGAUCUGCCUGGUCGUCAAGGAUGUGGUAUUCCUUGCUAUUGGUCUAAGAGAACAACGCCCAGAAAUAGAGUUGCUGGCUGUGGCAGUUGUUGUUCUCCUUCCCUCUCUGACACUUUCAGAAGGAAAGGUAGAAGCAUUCUCUGUGGAACCCAAUCUAUGUAUUCCAGACACUGCAGAUCCUCUUCUUCCACUUCACUGCCGCACAACCGGAGAAUGCAUUUGAGGAAUACUCGCGGAGGAGGAGGUGUUGUUCCUCUCCUCACUAGCCCUAGCAGUGGUGAUGUUAGACGGGGUUCCUCGUCUAUUGGAAUUGGUAGGAGUAGGACCGAUGAUGAACUUUCUACUAACUUUGGUGAACUUGAUCUUGAGGGAUUGAGCAGACUUGAUGGAAGAAGGUGGUCUUCCAGUUGUAGGAGUCAAGAGGGUUUGGAGAUUGUCCCUCUCAAUGAGGAUGAAGAAGGCUCCUCCGAAAAUGGUAGGAGUUUCAGCCAUAAGUAUAAGCCUUUGUUCUUUGGUGAAAUCAUUGGUCAGAAUAUUGUGGUUCACUCACUCAUCAAUGCUGUUUCCAGGGGCAGAAUUGCUCCUGUCUAUCUUUUUCAAGGUCCCCGCGGGACUGGCAAAACAUCUACUGCUAGGAUAUUCGCCGCUGCCUUGAAUUGUGUAGCUUCUGAUGAAGGUAAGCCUUGUGGAUACUGCAAGGAAUGUGCUGAUUUCGUUUCUGGCAAGAGCCUUGAUCUGCUGGAAAUUGAUGGAACUAGUAAGAAAGGAAUUGAUAAAGCUAGAUAUCUUUUGAAAAGAUUGUCGGUUGGGUCUUCUACGGAGGCAUCCUCGCGAUAUACUGUUUUUGUUAUUGACGAGUGUCACCUGUUAACCUCCAAGACAUGGCUGGGAUUUCUCAAGUUUCUCGAAGAACCACCCCAGCGAGUUGUAUUCAUAUUUAUAACAUCCGAUCUUGACAAUGUACCACGAACAAUACAGUCUCGAUGCCAGAAGUACCUUUUCAAUAAAAUUAAAGAUGGGGAUAUUGUGACCAGGUUAAGGAAAAUAUGUACUCAGGAGAACCUCGACGUGGAAACAGAUGCACUGGACCUUAUUGCCAUGAAUGCAGACGGUUCACUUCGGGAUGCAGAGACAAUGUUAGAGCAGCUUAGUUUGCUGGGGAAAAGAAUCACUACUUCUCUUGUCAACGAACUUGUGGGAGUUGUUUCAGAUGAAAAACUAUUGGAACUUUUGGAGUUAGCAAUGUCCGCAGACACUGCAGAGACGGUGAAAAGGUCCAGAGAAUUGAUGGACUCAGGAGUUGAUCCAAUGGUUUUGAUGUCACAACUAGCUGGGCUUAUUAUGGACAUCAUUGCUGGAUCAUAUGCAGUCGUUGAUACCAAAUCUGACGGUUCAUUCGUCGGUGGUCGGAGUUUGAAUGAAACGGAGUUGGAGAGGUUAAAGAAUGCUUUGAAGCUUCUCUCAGAGGCUGACAAACAGUUAAGGACUUCCAGUGAACGCUCAACAUGGUUUACAGCAACUCUUUUACAGCUUGGUUCCGUACCUUCUUCAGAUCAUACUCAGUCAAGCAGCAGCAGGAGGCAGAGCUGCAAGACAACUGAAGAUGAUCCAUCAAGUGGUUCAAGAGAUAUUUCUUCUUUCAAGCACAAAUCAGACCUCCAAUAUAUGUCUCAAAAGUCAACACCCACUGCUUCCCACCUAAAAGCAGUAAAUGACAGUUCCAGGCUUCAAAUGGAUAUACCCUCAAAAAUUAACGGUUUCAGCUUGAAAUCAAAGCCGUCAAAUAGCCCGGUUAUAGAUGAUGGCUCCACAGUGGUCUCGUCGGAUGAUCUUAUUGUUGGGAAUACAAUGUUUAGAUGCAUAGAUUCAGGGAAGUUAUGUGACAUAUGGGCAUGUUGUAUUGAGAGGUGCCACUCUAAGACAUUAAGGCAGCUGCUACACGAUCACGGAAAGCUUGUGUCCAUAUCUGAAGUUCAAGGUGUUCUUGUAGCAUAUGUUGCAUUUGGGGACAAAGAUGUUAAACUUAGGGUUGAAAGGUUUCUAAGUAGCAUUACAAACUCCUUGGAAAUUGUUCUUAGACGCAUUGUGGAGGUCAGAAUUAUCCUCUUGCCAGAUGGUGAAGGUGAAAAACAUGUUAAUCUGCCGGGUCUAAAGCAAAGUGCAUCAACAUUAGCAAGUGAGGACGAACAAAGGCGAGAUCAAUCUGUCAUGGGUUCAUCAGAUAUUCUGACCGAAGGAAAUGGCGUUAAGGAAAGAAGACGGGAUAAUCCAGUGCAGAGAAUUGAAUCCAUCAUUCGUGAGCAGAGAUUGGAAACUGCCUGGUUGCAGGCUGUAGAAAAAGGUUCCCCUGGAUCGCUGAGUCGUUUGAGACCUGAGAAGAAUCAAGUCCUGCCUCAAGAUGGUGUCUAUUGUGUAAACCCUAUGGAGUCCAUGGAUUCAACAAGAUAUUCCUCUCAUCAGCAUAUGGAUGAUGAUAAAAAUAGUGAUCUUAAAAUUUUGAGCCUUAAAAAUGGAAGGGUUCUACAGAAGGAUCAGAGUAGUAAAAGAGUCGACAGUUAUCCCAUGUCCCCAAGUAUAUUGCAUGACAGCAGUUUAGCAAUAAUGUCUGGAAAAGAUAACCCGGGUUAUGAAUCGGGUUCGGGAGCUGGAGGUUGUGGGUUUUUAUGUUGGAAUAAAAAGUCGAAGACUAAAAGGGCAGUGAAGUUUGAUUGAACUUGUUGAAAGCAGAUAAAAGGUACCCCAGUUGGAGGAUCGCGUAAAGUUGCGCGUUCUACAUUGUUUGGUGAGUGUGGUAAGAGGAAGAAAAAGGAGGGUAAAAGGUGAUAAGGGGGCAUUGGAUGGAUAUUCUUUUUCCUUUUUUUAGUAGAAAUUUUCCCUACUUUUUAUUUCUUUAUUUGAUUGGGGCUAUUCUUCAAGGAUGGGAGUGUGAAAUGUGAAGGUUUUAUGUUGUUCAGCAGCUUCUACUUCUGUUCUCCUUUUUCUCCAUCCUUUGUUUAUGAAAUUAAUAAAGAGGAACAGUGUAACCUUUCUUUUUUACUUCAUAAUCGUAAUUGCUUUAAUA